AUGGCUGAUACCGCCACCACGGCCAUCCGGGCCUCGAUCGGAGACAUUCACAGAGUCAGCACCAAAGACGUACCCCAAUACGGCCCCCUAUAUGAUGCUAUCCACGAUCAGGUCAGAGAGACGGUCAAUGGCCUCGUCUUGCCCACCGAGGAGGAAAAGGCGACCCUGCCCCCACAUUGCAGGCAAGAUGCCGGCUUCCUGUUACUACCUCUGCGCCGUCGAUAUGGCAAGACGUUGAUACCCUUUGCCAUUUCUCUCUACAUGUUGGCCAUCGGCGCAGGUAAGGAAGUAAUUGCACAAGAUGGCCCAUUUCAGGACUACUCAUGUUUCGUAGCCCAGUUUAAGCCCAACAUCUCCCCUAUGGUCAUGGACCAAAGUCCGCACAAAGUCGCACAUAGAGUCAUUGUGGACCCUGAGGCUUCCUUCAACAGCGUCAUGCUGUGGUUCUACCUUCGGAUCAACAUCGGCGCCUGCUUUGGUGUUCCCACCGUAUACCUGGCCAAGAUCGUCGGCUACUGGGUGGCCUACCUUGUCCCGACCAUCUUGUAA